AUGUCCUCCAAACAAGUCCCUGCAAUCCCAACCCUCGAAGAGAAACAUUCCGGUAUCCCCUCACGACUCUACGAAAAAGCUCACCUCGCAAAAUCCUUGAUCCUAGACAUUCAAACAAAACAGCAAAAUGACAGAAAACGAGGCGUUGCUAUACCAGCUGGUGUCGAGAAGAACACCUUCUUUAGAGCCAUUGAUGAAUUGUCUGAGCAAUUGGGCAAGGAGAAUGUGGAAUUGAAUGAUCAGCCGUUGAAGGAUGGGUGGUAUAUGGAGCACCCCAACACUCACGAUGCCAUGCACGUCUUGGACGAGGAGGAGCUUGUCGCCUCUGCUGUCGUUUAUCCAGGCAGCACAGAGGAAGUACAAAAGAUUGUGCUGUGGGCCAACAAGUACAAGGUUCCAAUCUUUCCUAUCUCGAUUGGCAGAAACCUUGGAUACGGCGGCGCCGCACCUCGCGUUCGAGGAUCAGUGGUCAUCGAUCUCGGUCGUCGCAUGAACAAGAUCCUCGACAUCAAUCCUGUCGACCAUACCUGUUUGGUAGAGCCCGGUGUGACCUUUUAUGCUCUUUACGAGGAGAUCCAGCGACGCGGCUACAAGCAUCUUUGGAUCGAUUGUCCGGAUUUGGGUGGUGGCUCUGUACUUGGAAAUACCUUGGAUCGUGGUAUUGGAUACACUGUUUACGGAGAUCACUGGGCUUGCCAUUCCGGCCUUGAAGUCGUCCUUCCAACCGGCGAGCUCAUCCGUACUGGCAUGGGUGCUAUGGCGAAUAGCUCUAGCUGGCAGAUCUUUCCCUAUGGAUAUGGUCCAAUGGCUGAUGGCCUUUUCUCUCAGUCCAACUACGGUAUCGUCACCAAACUCGGAAUGACCUUGAUGCCUAACCCUGGUGGCUAUGAGAGUUAUCUGUAUACCUUCCCCAACGAGUUGGAUCUCGCACCUCUUGUCGACAUCAUCCGCCCUCUCCGAAUCGGAAACAUCCUCGAAAACGUCGCCCAACUCAGACACGUCGUCCAAGCUAUCGCCUACAGCGGCAAGCCACGAAACAGUUACUUCAAAGGCGAAGGUCAAAUGUCCGACGAACUGGUCCGCGAAAUUGCGCGCAAAGAACUCAACUACGGCGAAUUCACCUGGCUUUACUACGGCAUGUCAUACGGCCCGAAGGAAAUCCGGCAAUACAAAUUGGAUAUCAUCCAUAAGGAGUUCUCAAAGAUCCCCGGAGCACGUCGUAUCGAUCCCGCUACCCUGCCCAAGACAGAUUACUUCUGGUCUCGCGACAACAUUGCUGCCGGUAUCCCCGACUUCGAGGAACUACGGUGGGUGAACUGGUACCCUAACGGCGGCCACAUCGCCUUCAGCCCUGUCUCGCCUGUCCGUGGCGCUGAUGCAACUGAACUCUGGAGAAUUGCGCGCAGCCGAGCAGCCGAAUUCGGACAUGACAUAUUCCCCGCUUUCUGUGUUGGACUACGUGAAAUGCAUUUGAUUGUGGAAUGUGUUUUUGAUCGCGAUGACCCAGAUUCGAGAAAGAAGGCUUUGGCCUGUAUGCGGGCUAUGAUUGACGAGGCAGCUUCCAAGGGGUAUGGAGAGUACAGAACACAUUUGGUGUUGAUGGAUCAGAUCGCAAAGACGUAUGAUUUCAACGAUCAUGCCUUGAUGAAGUUUAAUGAGCGUAUCAAGGAUACCUUAGAUCCCAACGGAAUUUUGGCACCUGGAAAGUCCGGGGUCUGGCCGGCUCGGUACCGGGGCCGUGGGUGGGAGAUGUCGGGGUUGGGUGACCAAAGCGAAGGAAGUGGUGUCGCUCGUGAUUCGGCGACCAGAUUGUAG